GUGAAUUUAAUGAAGAAUAUUAUAAGUGCUUCUACAAAACAUAUACCAAACAAUGAACGAAGUAAGCGGAGGAAAGCAAGAUAUACCUAAUACUUCUUCGUGGGAAACAUUAUCAGGACAAUCGGCAUCUUCUUAUUCCACUAUGCAUCAUCAUCAUCAGUCGUUGCAGCAAGACACAAACCCGACGGUUGCACAAGUUAUAGUUCCUACACCUGUAAAACUUCAGGCACCUAUGUUAAGUUCAGCACAAACUAUACCUGACCAUUGUUCGCAACUUGGUCAUAUUCAACAACCAGCUUUAAUAACACAGGGUACGCCACCGGGAUCGUUUCCAGACUCUGAACUUUCGCCUGAACUUCAGCAACAAGGAUGGAAAAAGUUUUGGAGUAAACGGGAGAAUCGACCGUAUUUUUGGAAUAAAUUAACCGGGGAGUCGCUAUGGGUAGUACCACCUUUGAAACCUCAGUUCGAUCCAAUUACGGAUCCGCUCGGUAUCUGUGGUGUGCAACCUGUUCCUGGAAAUGGUACCAUCCCCUCUGGAGGAACAGUUAAGCGUAGGGCUUCAGAGGAUAGUAUUGUCCCAGCAGCAAAGAAAUUUGUCUUAGCAGGCCCAUGGGAUUUGGAGAUUCCGACAAACGUUAUAAUAUACGAAAGAGCGCCGUCGAAUUUGCCGCACGUUCAUCCUGAAGCGGAAGCGCUACGUUGCAGUUUACUCGCGAAAUUACGGCAAUGCUAUCAAGAAUUGUGUCAUACCCGUGAAUCGAUCGACGCGCCGAAAGAUUCCUUCAAUAGAUGGCUAAUGGAAAGAAAGGUUAUAGACUGUGGCUCGGACCCUCUCUUACCGAGCCAGUGUUUUCCGGAAAUUUCCAUGUCGAUGUACCGUGAAAUCAUGAACGAUAUCCCGAUUAAGUUAGUCCGACCGAAAUUCACCGGCGACGCGAGGAAACAAUUGUCGCGGUACGCAGAGGCCGCGAAGAAAAUGAUUGAAUCGAGAGCAGCCUCGUCCGAAAGCAGGAAAGUCGUGAAGUGGAACGCGGAGGACACAUUUCAGUGGUUAAGACGAACGGUCGGGGCUACAUUCGAUGAUUUUCAAGAUCGUCUCGCGCACUUGAAACGCCAAUGCCAGCCGCACCUCACGGAGACCGUGAAGGCGAGCGUUGAGGGUAUUUGUUUGAAGAUCUACCAUUUGUCGACGGAAUACGCGAAGAAGGUUAAGGACAAAAACAGCCAGAUACUAAAGGAUAACGGUUUAGGAAAUGUUAUACCAUUAGGCGGACCAGCCAGCACGCAGAGAAAAGUUUGGUGUUACCCGGUGCAAUUCUCACUUCCGACUCCUCGCCUUCCGCAACUGGAUUAUCUUCCUGAACGCGAACAAACGUUGUUGCGUUUCCACGGUGACACCGUGUGCAUCAACAACAUGCAUCUCGCUAAAUUGGAACAUCUGUACAGAUAUAAUUGCUUCGACGAUAAAAAAUUCGAAAUGUUUCUGCCCCGUGUUUGGUGUAUGCUGAAACGUUAUCAGACAUAUCUUGGGAUCAAUGAAGGCCAAGCGACGCAAAUGGCGCUCCCCGUCACAGUUUUCGAAUGUCUUCAAAGACAUUUCGGCGUGACGUUCGAAUGUUUCGCGUCACCGUUGAAUUGUUACUUCAGACAAUAUUUCGAAGCUAAUCCGCCAUAUUGCGAGGAACUCAUGGAAGCAAUGGUCAAUCAUUUUGAACGUCUUUUGGCUGAUUCCGCUGAACCUUUAUCUUUCGUGGUGUUUUUACCGGAAUGGAGAGAUCCGGCGCCUAAUGCUCUUAUCAAAUUAGAAGGUAGCCACUUCAAACGGAAACAAGUAGUAGUACCGGCUAUGGAACACGAAUACAGACAUGGGUUUCAGCACAUAUUAUCAAAAAGCGAGGUUAAUAUUAGGGCAGCACACGGUACAUUAGUGGUGUGGUUACAAAAUGCAGCUGGCGCUGCUCGUUGGGGGCCCACUGAGGAAAGAGUCGAAGCAUUGCUAGAAGCAUGGCGACCAGGAAGAGAAAGAGAACGGGACAGGCAGGAACUUUUGUCACCGCCCAGACAAACACAUCAGCAGAUACCACCCACCCCUAUGCCUGCUAUAACAACGCCUGCAACGCCAGCCGUACCGUUGCAAACGACACUGGCCACGCAUCCGAUCUAAUUACCACAAAACGUUCAGCAACAUAAGAAA